AUGUCAUCAGGUAAUGAACAAUUAAUUAAUACAAGUGGUAGUAUUAAACGACAGCGUUCAAAACGUUUUGGGGCUUUUGUUGAAAAAGCUGAUAAUAAUAUAGAAAAAGUUGAAGCUCAAACCUAUGAAACAGCUACAGUUGAUAGACGUACAACUAAAGCUGAUCGUAUUGCUGCCAAAGGUAAAUAUAUUAUGGCUAAACAUGAUCAACAUCGUACAGUUAUUGGUUAUGUACUUGAAUCACCAUCAGAAAUUGGUGAUGUACAAAAUGUAUUUAAUAUCACAAAAGAAGCUUCAUUUUCUGUAGCUGUCAAAAAUCCUAAAGAGAAAAGUCCAACUACUUCAAUUUGCAAUUUUCUUAGCUGA